AUGGACUCUCCAUCCGAAUACGUUGAUGUUGCUAUUCCUUGUAACAACAAGGGUAAGCACUCCAUUGGUUUGAUCUGGUGGUUAGUCGCUAGAGAAGUUUUAAGAUUAAGAGGUAUCAUCCCAGACAGAACCACCGAAUGGUCUGUUAUGCCAGAUUUAUAUUUCUACAGAGACCCUGAAGAAAUUGAACAAAAUGCUACUGAAGAUAUUAAGACCGACGAUGUCGAAGAAGCUCCAGCUGCCGAUGCUGAAACUGAAUGGACUGGUGAAACCGAAGAAGUCGACUGGGCUGAAUCCGGUGUUACUCCUGCUGCUGAAGAAGCUGCCGCUUCCAACUGGUAA